UUCUUCUUCCGAAGAUGUCAAGCUACCCAAGAUCCCGAAGAUUAAAAUGCCUGAGGAUUUUAAGAUUAGAACACAACCAUUAUUUUCACUUCCGGAAGAAAUAUUAAAAUUACCUCCUGCAACAAACAAGGCAAAAUUACAAUCCUCGCAAUCGGCUCCUAGGAGAAAUUCCAGCGUUAUGAAGAGCUUUACAGCCAUGAGGAAAGCAAGGGAGGAAUUUAGAGCAAAACUUAUGAAACUGAUUUGCCAAUCGGCUCCCGGAGAGGACGGAGAUAUGAUUCCUUCCGGCGAUGAGAAGAAUUUGCUACGAUAUUAUUAUUACUUACGUUACGGUAUAGACACAAUACACGUUGCUCCGCUGGAUAAUAAAAUGAUUUUGAGAGUUCAUAAUCUUAUAUCUCCAAAACUGAAGAAGUGGAAAGAUUGUUUAUUAAUAGCCACUGAUGAAAUGCGAGAAGAUUUUAUGAUGAGCAUGAAGAAAGCCAUUGUUGACUUUGUUCUUAAGGACCCUAAUACGGAAGAGUCUUUAGAAGAAGAAGAUACUCCUUUGAAACGAGAACUUGCCAUGAAAGAUGAUGCUUGGAGGAAUCGUUAUGCAGUAGCAAAGAAGUACUUAAACAAGAACCUUCACAACGUAAAUCCUUGUAUAGCGCAAGUCUUACAGAUCUGGUGGAAGCAGUACAACGAUUUGCGGCUAAUCAGCAUGAAAGAUAUAAUGACGAUACACGAAGCGUACGAGUUACAAGACUUUUGUUUCGUGUGCAAGCGGCAUAUUGAUACCGCCAGUAACGUGCUCACCUUACAGUGGUUACCCACACUACAAGCGGUCUUUCUCCAGGGUAGUAAAAGAAAACAGAUACCAGAUCCGAAGCAAGUAUUGAAAAUGAAGCGCUUUUAUAACUGCUUGGCUUGUAUUAUGACGUAUAAUCUUCAAACUUUGUGUCUCAAGUCCAUGCAAGAUUUUACAGAAUAUAUUCUUGAUGUUGGGGGUAUGAAUCAAGGAUUUGUCAUCAACUUAACUUUCAAAGAUGAUGCCAUUGGAUUUGAACCGACUUUUAAGCAGUUUCGAGAUCAGCUCUGUCUGUUAUAUGAUUUCAUUAUAGAUGCUUGUAGACAAUCACCGCGAUUGGAGACAUUGUUAUACCAAGAUUUCGUUGUGACCAAUAAAGAAACUUUAAAGCCAAUUAUUGAUAAUGAACUCAUUGAAGAUUAUAAAAAGAAAGUUGCCGAUUUGAUAAAUGACCAGAGAAUAGGACCAGAACUCCGUGUGCAAGAUUUUGAUAAUUAUGUUUGUCUGUUGAAUGGGGAAUCACAAUCGCAAGUUGAAAGUUUUAUUAAUUCAGAUCCAGAGAAAACAUUUGAAGAGUUUUGUGAGGAGGCUGUUAAAUACGUAAAUGUAGCGAAGGAGAUUCCUUCUAAGUUAGAAGGGACGAUUAUAAUCGGUAUGUAUCGAAUGCAAAGGGGAGAUCUCAUCAAUUCGUUGCGUGGAGCUGCUACUAGAAUAGCUAAUACUCUGCUGAGAAGGAUGACAGAAGACUAUCAGAACAUGAUUAAAUCCAUAUACGAUGAGUAUUCGAGCAUUGCGAAUACCCUGUUGACUCCACCACCUGAUACCGCCGCGUUGAUGAUGCUGAUAGACUACUGCAAGAAAGUAGAGGCAUUACUCCUGGACGAGAUGGAGGACAAGUUGCGGAAUGUGAUGAGAUAUAUCAUAUUCUUAAGCGACUACACAGUUUUUACUCCCCUAGAAAUGAAAGCUAAUAACCAAUCGUUUCACUGGUAUGCUCGUAUGUCCGGAAUUAUCGACGAGUGUAAAGUUAUUUGUGACCAGAAGAAAAUUGAGUAUCAAGAUUUAUUACAGGUGCGAAUUGCUAAAUUUAUCGAAGAUCUCGAUACUUACGAAACUCAAUGCGAUGAACUUCAAUACUGGGGUGAUAUCAAUGAAUUAUCCAAAUACGUCACACGUGCACGUCGUUUAGAUGAAAAGCUUGCCAACGCGUUAGUUAAAAUUGAUCAAUUUAAUGAAGAAGAGACUGCUUUUGGGUGGGAAUUAUCACAGUAUCCGAAAAGAAAAGCUGUUUAUGAUAAACUCAUGCCUUUUAAAAAGUUAUAUGAUGCAGGAUAUGACUUUUUGGAGAAACAUAACACCUGGAUGACGUCAAAGGUUGGAAGUUUUGAUCCGGAAGAUAUAGAGGGCGAUGUGAGUUAUUUUUACAAGAUUGUAUACAAACUGGAGAAAUCGUUCCAAGAUGUUCCUGAAACUUUCCAACUUGCACAAUCAGUCCGGGAAAAGAUGGAAGAAUUUAAAACACACUUGCCAAUUAUCCAGACUCUAGGAAAUCCUGGCAUGAAAGCAAGGCAUUGGGAGAAAAUAUCAGAAAUCGUCGGCUUUCCUAUCGUCGUGGAUGACGAACUGUCACUAGAAAAAGUUAUCGACUUUAAUUUGGUCGAUUAUAUAGAUAAGUUCGAGAACAUAUCAGAAGCAGCUACGAAGGAAAAUAACCUUGAAAAAGCUCUUGAUAAGAUGAUAAAAGAAUGGGCUGAAUUAAGAUUCGACAUUUUGCCUUAUAAGGAUACGGGAACUUACAUUUUAUCAAGUGUUGAUGAAAUACAAUUAUUACUUGACGAUCACAUUGUUAAGACUCAGACGAUGAAAAAUUCACCAUAUAUUAAACCUUUUGAAGAAAUAAUUGUCGAUUGGGAAAGUAAGCUAAUAUUGCUUCAGGAAAUUCUAGAUGAAUGGCUGAAAGUUCAAGCAACUUGGAUGUAUCUAGAGCCAAUAUUUUCUUCUCCUGAUAUUCAGCAGCAAAUUCCUGAGGAAGGUCGGCGAUUUAGUGCUGUUGACAAAAUGUGGCGUGAAAUAAUGAAAGCAGCUUACACUGAGCCAAAGGUGUUAGACGUUAUUACUAUUGAGAAAAUGUUGGAUCGAUUACGCAAAUCUAACAAUCUAUUAGAAAUGGUCCAGCGAGGAUUGAACGCGUAUCUUGAAAAGAAGCGUCUCUAUUUCCCGCGCUUCUUCUUCUUGUCCAAUGAUGAGCUGCUCGAAAUACUGUCGGAAACUAAAGACCCUAUGCGGGUGCAACCUCAUCUAAAGAAAUGUUUCGAAGGUAUUGCAAAGCUUAAUUUCACCGAAGAUUUAGUAGUGACACACAUGAAGUCAUCAGAAGGAGAAGUUGUGGAACUCACGAUUACAAUAAACACUGCGGCUGCCAGAGGACAAGUGGAGAAAUGGUUAUUAGAGCUCGAGAUAGCUAUGAAAGCUUCAGUACACCACGUGGUAGCGCUCUCCUACGAUGAUUACUUACAACGACCACGUGAACAGUGGGUGCUCAUCUGGCCGGGGCAAGCUGUGCAAUGCAUAGCGAUGACAUUUUGGACAUCCGAGGUAACGGAAGCUAUUCACAUCAGCAUCCCAGCCAUGAGAGCGUACUGGGAUAAGUGCAACUAUCAGAUAUCAAAGAUAGUUGACUUGGUACGAGGCGAACUUAGUUUGCAAAACCGAAUAACGCUUGGUGCAUUGGUUGUAUUGGAUGUGCACGCUAGAGAUGUUCUCAUGGAGCUCAUCGAUUUCAACGUACAACUCGACAACGACUUUAACUGGCUAUCGCAAAUUAGGUAUUACUGGGAAGUAAAAGAAGACAACUCUAUGCAGAUCGCAACUCGUAUGAUUAAUUCUCAAUUGAUGUACGGCUACGAGUACCUCGGCAAUACUGGUAGACUAGUAGUGACACCUCUUACUGAUAGAUGCUUCAGAACAUUAUUUGGAGCGUUGCAUCUGAAUCUGGGUGGUGCCCCUGAAGGUCCAGCAGGCACUGGUAAGACAGAAACUACUAAAGAUCUAGCGAAGGCAGUCGCCAAGCAGUGCGUUGUGUUCAACUGUUCAGAUGGACUGGAUUAUCUUGCACUAGGAAAGUUCUUUAAGGGUUUGGCAUCAUGCGGUGCAUGGUCGUGUUUCGACGAGUUUAAUCGUAUUGAUCUCGAAGUGCUGUCGGUAGUUGCGCAGCAAAUAUUAUCCAUACAAAGAGGUAUUAACUCUGGAGCAACCGAGCUAUUAUUUGAGGGAACCCUGUUGCAUUUGGAUAAGUCUUGCGCUGUUUUUAUAACUAUGAAUCCGGGUUAUGCUGGCAGAUCGGAAUUACCUGACAAUUUGAAGGCGCUUUUCCGGUCGGUAGCUAUGAUGGUACCAGAUUACGUGCUGAUAUCAGAGAUCGAGUUGUAUGCGUUUGGUUAUCUUAAUGCGAAACCACUCGCCGUCAAGAUCGUGGCCACUUAUAAGCUCUGCUCAGAACAGCUCUCAUCUCAAAGUCACUAUGAUUAUGGUAUGCGCGCUGUAAAGUCAGUGUUGAGAGCAGCCGGUGCAUUGAAAUUGCGCUACCCGGAUGAAGUAGAGGAUGUUAUUUUAUUACGUUCCAUAAAAGACGUGAAUUUGCCCAAGUUUCUUGAACACGAUGUCCCACUCUUCAUGGGUAUCAUUGGAGACUUAUUCCCUGGACUGCCUUUGCCACAACCGGGACUUCCACAUUUGGUUUCGUGUUUGAAAGAAGUUUGCGUACCACUUAAUCUUCAAGCUAAUGAUUUCUUUAUUGAAAAGGUUCUUCAAUUAUAUGAGAUGAUUUUAGUGAGGCACGGCUUAAUGUUAGUCGGUUUUCCGUUUUCCGGUAAGACGAAAUGUUAUCACGCUCUCGGACAUGCUUUGGGAUUAGUAUCUGAAAAGCGUCUAAUGGAAGAGAACGCCGUUGAGUGGACAGUGAUAAAUCCAAAGUCUAUAACGAUGGGUCAACUCUAUGGUCAAUUCGAUCCUGUAUCCCACGAGUGGUCGGACGGAAUUCUUGCAGUCAGUUAUAGAGCUUUUGCAGUAUCGCCGAACGAUAACAGAAAAUGGCUUGUAUUUGAUGGGCCUGUAGAUGCAAUUUGGAUAGAGAACCUCAAUACAGUAUUGGAUGAUAACAAGAAGUUGUGUUUGAUGAGUGGAGAGAUCAUCCAGCUAGCGCCGACUACUAAUCUCAUCUUCGAACCCAUGGACCUUGAAGCUGCUUCACCGGCUACGGUUUCUCGUUGUGGUAUGAUCUACAUGGAGCCGAAAGGUCUUGGCUGGAAAUGUUUGUUAGAAUCUUGGCUAAAUACGCUGCCUUCUACACUACAUGGCUUUAACCGUAAUUACAUCCGAACAUUGUUCAAUCGAUUCAUGUCGCCAUUGCUAUGGCUUGUUGAACUCUCCGGAAAACAAAUGUACAUAACCUCACGUUCGAACUUAGUGAAGGCGUGUAUGAAUCUUUUUGACUCUUUUAUGGAUGACUUUUACGAUGAGAAAUAUGUUGAGCAAUUAUCAGAUCUUGAUAUAAGAGCUCAACUUGAGGGGGUAUUUUUCUUUUCGAGUAUUUGGUCAAUCGGAGCAACGUUAGAGAGUGAUGGCCGAGCAAAGUUUGAUAUGUUAUUUCGUGGUUUACUUGAAAAAGAAUUCCCUGAAAAGGUCAUAGAAAUUUUAGGGUAUCCGAAAGAGAUUACAAAACCAGAUAAACAAUACAUAUUUACAAUUCCAAAAGAUGGCUUAGUUUAUGAUUAUCGUUUUAUAAAAGAAGGCAAAGGAAAGUGGAAACCAUGGCAGGAUGACGUAGUGGCAGCUCCGCCUAUCAGUCGCGAUACUCCCCCCAAUCAAAUAUUGGUUACAACCUUAGACAGUGUAAGGUACUUGGCAUUGUUCAAGUUGCUGGUAACACAUCACAAAGCAGUGAUGAUGAUCGGACCUACUGGCACGGGGAAGUCUUCAUAUAUCAUUGAAUUCUUAGUUAAAAGAGUGGAUACCAAGAUAUAUAAAGCUCUAAUAAUGGCAUUCUCAGCGCAAACGAACUGCAAUCAAACGCAGGACAUUAUUAUGGGUAAACUGGAUAAAAGAAGAAAAGGUGAACACAAUAUAAUUUAUUUUGUUUCUUCUCUUUUGUUAUAUCGAAUAUUUUUGUUUUGAGGUGUAUUUGGUCCUCCGAUUGGAUGCUACUGUGUGGUCUUCGUAGACGACGUCAGCAUGCCUCAAGCGGAGACGUACGGCGCUCAGCCUCCGAUAGAAGUGUUGAGACAGGGCAUCGAUCUCGGUCUAUGGUACGACCGAAAGACUAAUGUCGCGAUGCACCUUAUAGAUGUGCAAUUCAUGUGUGCGAUGGGUAAGCCCACACCUGGUGCUAAGUUAGUAACGCCAAGAUUCUCGAGACAUUUCUCAUUCUUUUGCAUCGAUGAGUUUGAUGACGAGACUCUUCAAGUUAUUUUCGGAAGAAUUAUGCUUUGGCAUUUAGAUACAAGAGGUUUUUCAAAAGAUUUUGAUCCGUGCAUUGAAGAAAUAGUAUCUGCGACAUUAGAAGUAUACAAGCAAUGUCGGUUAAACUUAUUGCCAACGCCAUCUAAAUCACACUAUACCUUUAACUUACGAGAUUUUUCUAAAGUUAUAUUGGGUGUACUAUUAUCGGUACCAGAAGUGACACCUGAUCUUCAAUCUAUCAAGAGGUUAUGGAUUCACGAAUGUCUGCGAGUGUUCUCUGAUCGUUUGACAGAAGAUGCUGAUCGUCACUGGCUUGUGAAGUGUUUGCGGGAAGCUACUCAUCUUCAUUUAAAUGAUGAGCUCGAUAAAUUGCUCGCGAGAUUGCUGAAUGGACCAAAAGAUACCAUUACGGAUUUACAUUUACGCAAUUUAAUAUAUUGUGACUUUGCCAAUCCCAAAGUGGAUACGCGCUUCUACAUGGAAACCACUAAUAUGGAGCACUUAAAUUCGACUGUGGACGCUUACCUUGUGGAGUUUAAUAACAUGUCUAAAAAACCUAUGAAUCUUGUGCUCUUUAGGUUUGCGAUCGAGCACGUGUCACGUGUGUGCCGCGUGCUGACUCAGCCGCGCUCGCACGCAUUGCUGGUGGGGCUCGGCGGCUCUGGCCGGCAGUCACUGACGCGCCUCGCUGCGCACAUCAACGAAUACGACCUCUUCCAGGUCGAAAUGAGUCGAACCUAUGGUAAAAAUGAAUGGCGCGAAGAUUUAAAGACUUUGUUACGAAAAUCAAGUACUCCUGAUCUACACAUGGUAUUCUUGUUUAUCGAGUCACAAAUCAAAGAGGAAGGAUUUUUAGAAGAUGUUAAUAACAUGUUAAAUUCUGGAGAAGUACCAAAUAUUUUCGUCGCAGAUGAAAAGGCGGAACUGUGUGAAAAGAUGCGAGUAAUAGAUCGUCAACGUGACAAAUCGCUUCAAACGGACGGCAGUCCAACUGCUCUUUAUGCGUACUUCGUCUCAAUCGUACGCGACCAGCUCCACAUCGUGCUGGCGAUGUCACCGGCCGGAACAUCGCUACGCACGCGCAUACGGAAGUUUCCAUCGCUUGUCAACUGCUGUACCAUUGACUGGUUCCAGGAAUGGCCUCCAGAUGCAUUGCUCGCAGUCGCUACUCGCUUUUUAAAAGAUGUUGAGCUAACAGAUCUUGAACGAGACACAGCCAUUAAGCUCUGUCAAUUGUUUCAUACGGACACUCAAGAACUAACCAAACAGUUCCUGUUGCGUUUAAAACGAUAUAAUUACGUCACGCCGACUGCUUAUCUAGAAUUAAUCAAUAUGUUUAAAGCAUUGUUAGGAAAGAAACGAACAGAGUUGUUAACAAGUGAAAAACGAUACAUAACUGGACUCGAUCAGCUUGCCAUAGCUGCUAAAUCAGUAGCAGCACUGCAAGAAGCUCUGGAAGUCUUACAACCAAAACUGGCUGCAGGCGCUGCUGCGGUGGCGGAGACUACAGCUAAAGUGGAGAAGGAAAAGGAAGGAGUCGCGUUAGUAGAAGCUGAAGUGUUAGCUGAUCAAGCGGCGGCUGAAGAGCAGGCAAAAGAAGCUCAAGGGAUCAAAGACGAGUGCGACGCUGAUCUCGCCGAGGCGAUGCCUAUCCUCAACGCUGCUCUAGCAGCUCUCGACACUCUAACCCCGCAAGACAUUACCUUCAUUAAGACUAUGAAGAGUCCACCCCGAGGCAUUAAGCUAGUCAUGGAAGCCAUUUGCAUUUUAAAAGAAGUAAAAGCAGACAAAGUUCCAAAUCCAUCCGGAGUUGGUACAAUAGAGGAUUACUGGGGUCCUUCGAAGAAGUUACUGAAUGAUAUAAAGUUCCUGGAAUCGCUGCAGAACUACGACAAAGACAACAUUCCUCCGCCUGUUAUGAAGAAACUCAUGACCACUGUUAUGCAAGACGACGGCUUUGUGCCGGAGAAGAUUAGAGCCGUGUCAGUUGCAGCUGAAGGUAUGUGUAAGUGGGUAAUAGCGAUGACGAAGUACGAUAAGGUGGCGAAGGUGGUGGCGCCAAAAAAGCAGCGCCUUGCGGCCGCGCAGGCCGUGUACGACAAGGCCAUGGCCGCACUCGCCGUCAAGCAGGCGCAGCUCAAAGAAGUACAAGACAAGCUAGCGAAGCUGGAGGAAGCACUAUCUGAACAGAAUCGUCAACAAAGACUUCUCGACAACGAAGUGAUGGACUGUAGCAAUAAACUGAAGAGAGCGGAGAUGCUCAUUUCUGGUCUGGGAGGAGAAAAGACGCGUUGGACGAUCAUCGCUAAGACUCUACGAGAAACAUACAACUCGCUCACCGGUGAUAUAUUGAUUGCUGCUGGAAUUAUAGCGUAUCUAGGACCAUUCACUGCUGCCUUUAGAAAUGAACAAGUAAAGAAGUGGGCACACGAGUGUCACGAGUGUGGCAUAGUGUGCACUCUGAACUACAGCCUGAUCAAAUCGCUGGGAGAGCCCGUCACCAUCCAGCAGUGGAAUAUUGACGGGCUGCCCGCAGACGACUUCAGCAUUGAGAGUGCGAUCAUUAUCAUGACUGCACGUCGUUGGCCACUUAUGAUAGAUCCACAGGGACAAGCUAAUCGCUGGAUUAAAAACAUGGAAAAACCUAAUAACCUGAGCGUGGUGCGCAUGACCCAGGCCGACCUGAGUCGCAUUUUGGAAAACGCCGUGCAAUUUGGACAACCGGUUUUACUGGAAAACGUUCUAGAAGAAUUAGAUCCGAUGUUGGAGCCAUUGCUGCAGCAACAGACGUUCAGACAAGGCGGAGCAUUAUGUAUCAAAAUUGGAGAUACAAUUGUCGAAUAUAGCAAAGAUUUUAAACUCUACAUAAGUACAAAAUUGGCCAACCCACACUAUUUGCCGGAAGUUGGUGUUCGUGUAACGUUGGUCAAUUUUAUGUUGGCGAAAGAUGGCUUAGAAGCGCAGCUUCUAGCAAGAGUGGUGGCCCGAGAGAGACCGGACUUACAGCAAGCUAAGGCGGACCUCACAACCCAAGGCGCUGAGCAUCGCCGUCUGCUUCAGGAUAUAGAAAAGAAAAUUCUUAAUGUGCUCUCUACCUCAGAACAUUUAUUAGAAGAUGAAGAAGCAGUUCAGAUUUUAAAUUCAGCUAAAGAUAUGGCUAAUGAGAUUAAAGAGAAACAAGAGGUAGCUAUGGUUACUGAGAAGGCUAUCGAUGAAGCCAGAAACGAUUACAUUCCGAUUGCAGUUCAUUCAACAAACUUAUUUUUCUUAAUCGCUUCGCUUGCGAAUAUCGACCCCAUGUACCAGUACUCUCUGGGAUGGUUUGAAGGACUGUUUACGGCGUCUAUCGACAACACCGAAAAGGUGGAAGAGAUUCCCGAAAGACUUGCCAUCCUUCGCGCGCACUUUACGUACUCCUUGUAUGCAAACAUCUGCAGGAGUCUUUUUGAAAAAGAUAAACUGGUGUUUUCGCUGCUCCUCACUGUGACGAUUAUGGUGGCAGAGGAAAAGCUCCUUCAAUCAAACGUAAUGUUCUUGCUGGCAGGAGCUCAGCCGCGCCACGUACCUCCCAAUCCAGUAACGUUCCUCAGCCCACAGGCCUGGGCAGAAUUUAAUGGGCUUAACGAAAUUAAUACAUUCCAUGGUAUAGUGGACCAUUUCACUGAGCAUCUGAAUCAAUGGGAAGCGUAUUGUGAUACAAUCGAUCCUCAAAAUCAACCCUUGCCGGCGCCUUGGGAUAAGAAUCUUGAUAUGUUUGAGAAAAUGAUGGUGCUGCGUUGUAUGCGUUUGGAUAUGAUGGUACCUGCUGUACAAAACUUUGUGGAAGCGCAAAUGGGUCGUCAGUUUGUGGAGCCGCCUUUGUUUGAUUUGGCUUCAUCUUACGCGGAUUCUCAUUGUUGUAUUCCACUUUUGUUUGUUCUCACACCCGGCUCGGACCCCAUGGGCACAUUACUCAAGUUUGCUGACGAUCAGGGCUUCGGAUCCUCACGUUUAUUCUCACUGUCACUUGGACAAGGCCAAGGUCCAAUAGCAGUGAAAUUGAUCGAAGAAGGAGUCCGUAGUGGCACUUGGGUUGUGUUGCAAAACUGUCACUUAGCUAAAAGCUGGAUGCCAAUGCUGGAAAAGAUUUGUGAGGGUCUGACGCCAGAUUCAACACACCCGGACUUCAGGCUGUGGCUAACAUCCUACCCAGCGGAUCAUUUCCCUGUUUAUGUUCUUCAAAAUGGCGUAAAGAUGACUAAUGAACCACCUCAAGGUUUGCGAGCCAAUAUUGCACGUUCGUAUCAAAGUGACCCGAUCAACGAUCAAGAAUGGUUCGAGGGUAACAAGCAAUCGGAGAUAUUCAAGAAACUUCUAUUCGCGCUGUGUUUCUUCCACGCUGUAGUCCAGGAACGUCGCCAGUUUGGCCCACUCGGCUGGAACAUCAGAUACGAGUUCAAUGAAACCGACCUCCGAAUCAGUGUGACACAACUUUAUAUGUUCCUCAACGAGUAUGAAGACGUGCAGUUCGUGGCGCUGCGCUAUCUGACCGGUGAGUGCAACUACGGCGGGCGCGUGACGGACGACUGGGACCGGCGCUGUCUGAACACCAUCUUAUACAAGUUUUACAACCCGCGGGCCAUCGACGAAGACAAGUACCCGCUUGAAUCCACAGGUACAUACUACAUACCAUCACUCCGCGAGCAUUCCGACUUCAUUUCGUUCGCUCGUUCUCUUCCUGUGGCUGCUCCGCCCAGCGUGUUCGGCUUCCACUCUAACGCUGACAUCACGAAGCACUUCCGAGAAGCCGAGGACCUACUGACCACAGCGUUGCUCACACAGGAUACAAUGGCCGCUGGCGGUGGUGGAGCUACACCAGAACAACAAGCCAUGGCAAUAGCUGAUGAUAUCUUAGCGCGACUACCGAACAAGAUCCUAACGGGUCCGUCCCACGAGGGCGAUAUCAAGCCCGCGGACAUGACGCCCAUGUCCAUCGUCGUCAUACAGGAGGCGGCGAGGUACGAGCGACUCGUCAGUGUUGUGCGAUCGAGCUCCAGGGCUGUGAUUGGAGCUGUCCAAGGCGUAAGCGUCCUUACGGAUGUAACAGAGGAAGUGCUGACGAGCAUGGUCCGCGGCCGCAUCCCCGCGCUGUGGGCCGGCAAGAGCUACCCCUCGCUCAAACCUCUUGGCGCAUACUUUAGUGACUUACUGGCCAGGCUUGAGUUUUUGCAGACCUGGCAUCAGUACGGGCCGCCGGUGGUGUUCUGGCUGUCGGGCUUCUACUUUCCCCAAGCGUUCCUCACGGCAGCGCAGCAGAGCUACGCGCGCAAGUACCGCAUACCCAUCGACCAGCUCGCCUUCCAUUAUGAGGUCCAGCGCACCUUCAACCUGGAGACGCCUCCAGAUGAAGGUGUAUACAUCCGCGGACUGUUCAUGGAGGGUGCGCGCUGGAACAUGGAAGACUACAUUAUCGACGAGUCCUGCCCUAAAGUUCUGUACGACGAUUUCCCGCCGGUAUGGUUGAUCCCCUUGAAGCGGGAGGAUAUACCGACGGAUGUGUUCUACAACUGUCCGCUGUAUAAGACGGGUGACCGGCGGGGUGUGCUCUCGACCACAGGACAUUCCACCAACUACAUCCUCUUCAUGAGGCUGCCUACCGCGCAGCCGCCGGACCACUGGAUCAUGAGAGGUGUGGCACUCCUCACACAGCUGCCAUUCUAAGUUUCAUUACCACAAGACAGCUUAAAAACUGUAUAGUCUCUUUAAUUUUUUGCAAAGACACAGUAUCGUAUGUUUCAUCUUUUGAAGAUACACACAUUACAACUUUCAACGGGAAUGAUCAUGAAAGUGGCUCUGAUAAUA